AUGACUACCGAAGACUCUUUGAAUGUGGAAUUAUCAAAGAAUCUUAACGGAAAUAUCAGGAGUAAUUUCUCACAUUCAUUAGAUUCUGAUGCAGUGGAAACAAUAACCACAUUGGGAUUUAGUCUAAUAAUUAUUAUUACUAUCGGCGGUAACUUACUCGUUCUGUUUGCCAUUUCUACAAGACAUAAACUCAGAAGAAAUGUCACCAAUUGUCUGAUAGCCUCACUGGCAGCUGCAGAUUUAAUUUUAGGCGCUGUAGUUAUGCCAUUCGCUGUCAUCGACCUACUUAGAUGCAUCCACAAAGAUCAUCUGCCUACAGAGAAACAAGAUGAUUAUAUUUUAUGGCCUUAUGGACAAGAUUGGUGCGAUAUAUGGCAUGCACUUGAUGUUCUCAGUUCUACUGCAUCAAUUUUAAACCUGUGCGUUAUUUCCGUAGAGCGUUACAUUGCUAUAUCGGAUCCAUUUAAUUAUCCUUUACGAAUGACACAUUCACGGUGUAUCCUAAUGAUAAUGCUUACUUGGAUAUGUUCAAUAUUAAUCUCGUUUCCAGCUAUUGCAUGGUGGAGAUAUUCAAAUAAUAUGUAUAAUGUUACUGAUAUAAAUAGUAUAGCCAAUGGAGAGUGUUUAUUCUCUUCUGAUCGAGUUUAUCUAUUCCUUUCCUCGUGUAUAUCAUUUCAUAUACCUCUAAUAGUUAUGAUUGUUGUCUACUGGAAAAUAUAUCAAAAAGCCAACGGGCUUAUUAAAACACUGACUACAGGUAAACGAUUAAUCUAUCGAAAAUCACUUGGCGGUGAAGUGAUGAUAUUAAGAGUACACCGUGGUGGGACAAAAAAGUCCCUACCACCAGGAUUACAUCGAAGUAUACUGACAAAAAGUUUCACCAAUACAGAUUCAUCCCUUUGUUCAAAACACUCAGAUAUUGCCUCGGUUAAACAUCUUUCUCUGCCAAAUCCUGAAGAGAACAUGGUAAGUGAAGAUCUAUUAGACGAAUCGAAUUUAACUGAAGAGAAGAAAAUCGUGAAACGUGUUAAAUUUAAUCCGCCAAAAUCGAAAAAUGUAUCUAUUGAACCUAGUACACAGUGUACAUUAUUCUGUGGUUGUUAUAAGAUAAUAUUUAAUCGUUCUAAUAUUACUCAACCGAUUACACAAAGUGAUGAGGCUAUUUCAACAACUUCAGGGCAAAAUAAUAAUAACAAUAAUAAUAAUACCGAAGAGGUUGGAGCAACAUCGAGAAGUUGUUUAACUGAAAUUAAAAAACGUGUACAACGAUUCACUAAAGAACGUAAAGCGGCUAAAACACUCGGUAUUGUAAUGGGUGUAUUUGUCCUCUGUUGGUUACCAUUUUUUGUUUAUAAUACAAUCAAAGCUAUUUACCCGUCAGUUUUAAAAUCGAAUGAAAACAUCAUUUUCCCGUUAGUCACAUGGCUUGGAUAUAUUAAUUCAUGUGUCAAUCCAUUUAUAUAUGCUUAUUCGCUAAGAGAUAUACGAAAAGCUUUUGUCGAUAUUCUGUGUACACCGUUUAAAUUGCAUGCUAAAUUAUGCCAGGUGAAGCGACGUCGGAUUAGACAUCAUACUAUAUCACAGUACACGGAUGAACCGGUAGAUUGUUCCCAGUCUAAGAAUUAUCCAAGCACAGCAUCCCAUUCGAAUGGUACAGUCUAUUAUGCAGACCAGACAAACUGUAAUGAGAGAAAUUCGUCUGUCAGGCUGAAUGAAUGCGCUACAGAAAACAACACAUAUCAAAACAAUACAUGA